AUGUUGAGUACCAUACUCAAAAGCAUGUGCAAUAGCUUCUUCAAGCGGAUUCUUUGGGUAGCGGUCUUUAUGGUCAUUUUAAUGAAAUUCGAAUACGAUAGCUGCGAGAUCCUAGCCGCUCAUUUCAUGGUCCAUCGAUACAAAGACAGGCUGCCCUACCUGAUUGGGAGAGACUUCUGGGCGAUCAACGAACAAGAAGAAUACCAGGUGUGGCUAUGGCUGGCCAUGGUCUACCUUGUCCUAGAUAUCCUCCUCGCGUGUUGCUUGUAUGAUUGCGCAUUCCUCCUGCAUAUUGCUCAUGUAAUUGACGAUGCUCAGGGUACAUUGGAUCCAGCCACUCUUCCCACCACUCUUCCUACAACUUCACCCACAGCUAUACCCAUUGAAGGGUUUGGACACGAAGAGUCGGGGAGUUCUGACCUACCAGUGCCAAAACGCCGAGACUCGUUGGGCGCCGAUGACUCUGACACUUCGCGAAAUGGAUUACAAGUCGGACCAGAGGCUGAUGCUACUUCCUCACAAGAGGCUGACGAAUCGAGAUCCAGCAGCUUGACCCCAGUAAGAGAUCAACCCCUAGAAGCCGAAAAUACGUUCGCACAAGAGGAUGACCUGCCUCCUCCGUACGGAGACGCCGUUGCGGAGAAUACCCGGCAGAUGAUUGGCGAUGAAGUGAUGCAAGAUGCUCCGGUGCUGAGUCAUUUUAGCGAGCUCGACAUGAUCGAGCGGGCGGAAUGCGAGGCUAUCUUGAAAGACAGAUUCAAGCCUUACCAAAUGAACUAUAACAUCACUGAUCUCACUUUUUCCGAGACUAUUCCAGAUGAUACUACGAUUCAGGAUGAGUGGGAAAAGCUCGAAGAAGCCUGCCUUUCGCCAGAUGUCCCUGAGGAUAUAGAUCUUCGGCCAUAUGGGAGGACAAGAUGGUUGGAAAUGGAUACUUUGAAGAUCUGGAUCCGUUAUAGGCUCAACAAACAUGAGGGAAACUUCCCUCCAAAUUAUGUUACUAUGCAAGGUCUAUCUGCACUCAGUAUAAAAGCGAGAGCCCGAGAACGUCGAAAGAAACGCUCGAGGGAGACUGCAAUAGUAUUGUCGACGGGUGACAAUCAACAGGCAGAGGAACAGUGA